AAAAUCCUUUUCGGCGCCGCGCAUGCUCACUAUAUCAUCCACCUUUAAACAUGUCAACAAACACAAACCUCACCUCGUGCUCAAGUUGAGUUCUCUCACGUCUCCGGUAUGAUCGUGUAUGUCCGCUUUAAUGCCAGUCAUCCGGUGGAGGUGGAAGUGGAAGAGGGAACAAGUGUAUCAGAGCUGAAGGAGACGGUGGGCCGGCUGCAGGGCGUUCAGCCUGAUCAACUACGGGUCAUUUUUGCUGGGAGAGAGCUCUGUAGCGAUUCCACCCUAAAGGCUUAUGAUCUGCCAGAACAGAGCACGGUACAUGUGGUGCUGCCUCCAGCUGGUUCAGCACGCCGCUCUGAGCUGGUUUUGCAGCGCAGGCUGAGCAGAGGAGUAGACAGUCUGACCCGACUGGACCUCAGCGCCUCACGAUUGCCUACCACCUCCACUGGUCUCGCUGUCAUCCUGGAGAAUGAGGACUCACACACACAAACAGAACCCAAACCCCACAGCACUUUCUAUGUGUUCUGUAAGACGGUGUGCAAGUCUAUUCAGCCAGGAAAACUCCGCGUGCGUUGCCGAACCUGCAAGCAAGGAACCCUCACACUCAGCCGGGGACCCUCAUGUUGGGAUGACGUGCUUCUCCCAGAUAGGAUUCAUGGUGUGUGCCAGUCGGAGGACUGCGAUGGCCGAGUGGCGGAGUUUUAUUGGAAGUGCGCUGCCCAUCCCACUUGUGAUGAUGACACAUCGGUGGCACUGGACUUGAUCAUGACCAAUGUGCGCCAUGUCCCCUGCAUUGCCUGCACUGAUGUUGUGAGUCCCGUUCUUGUGGCUCAGUGUACCGAGCGUCAUGUGAUCUGCCUGGAUUGUUUCCACAUGUACUGUAUAACCCGUCUGAACGAACGACAGUUCAUCCAUGACCCUGUGGUGGGCUACUCACUCCCCUGUGCUGCUGGAUGCUCUGACUCUCUCAUUAAAGAGUUGCAUCAUUUCCGGGUGCUGGGAGAUGAGCAGUAUGAACGGUACCAGCGCUAUGCGGCGGAGGAGUGUUUGCUGCAGAUGGGGGGAGUUCUUUGCCCUGCUCCAGGCUGCGGGGCGGGUCUCUCCCUCGAGGAUGAACGCAGGAGGGUGCAGUGCGAACUGAAAGAUGGCCUCGGAUGCGGGGGUUAUGUGGUAGAUGAAGAAGAUGCCCUGCGGGCCCGCUGGGAACAAGCUUCUCAGGAUAUUAUAAAAGAGACAACACGGCCCUGUCCCAAAUGCAGAGUCCCUGUGGAGAAGAACGGUGGCUGCAUGCACAUGGUGUGUCCUCGUGCACAGUGCAAGUUCGAGUGGUGCUGGCUGUGCCGUGUGGAGUGGAAUAGAGAGUGUAUGGGCAACCACUGGUUUGGAUGAGCUGCAUAUUCUUAAAACUUGCACAUACUCAGGGAAGCGUGUCUGUAGGAAAAUAUUUGCACAGUAGUCCACCAGCUGCAAUAUUCACAGAAAACCAGUGUAGAAUCAGUAUGAGCGUUAUGACAUGCAAAUGUGAAUACCAUCCAGGAACUUAACACGUGUGUAUGUAAAUAGAAGCCUGAUUGUCCGUCAUAUUUGGUUUGACAGUGUGAUGCAGACUGUAUCCUAUUAAAUCUUAUUAAAAUCUUUAAAUGAAAGUCCUAGAGUCACUAUUCAGUUAUCUGCUGAAUUUGUAAUGGUGAUAUUCUUAUGUAUGUUGCUUUUUAUGUAUCUUGUCAAAUGCAGUCAGCAUACAUGUCUCUUUCUCUCUCUUCACUCCUUCACUAUCUCUUGUUCCAGCUCCUGAUAAUAACCACAUUGCCAAAAUCAGGACCUUAUUGUUCAAAUUUGGCCUUCAACUAGCUGUUCAAACUGUCAGCAUACGACAGUAGAUAUAAAAAGUCUACACACCCCUUAUAAGAUGGCAAGUUUUUGUGACGGGGGGGCAAAAAACAAACACGAAGCCAAGAUAAAUCAUGUCAGAACUUUUCCCACCCUCAAUGUGAAAUUACAACUUAUAAAAAAAUCAUUUUAGGGAAAAAUAGGGAGGGAAAUGACAAUAACCUGGUUGCAUAAGUGUGCACACCCUUUUAUAAUUGGGUGUGUCACAUUCAAUCUCAUGUUCAAAAGUAUUGAUAAUGAGUCUUUAUUGAUCACAUAUACAUUACAGCACAGUGAAAUUCUUUUCAUGUCAGGAAGCUGGGGUCUGAGCGCAGGGUCAGCCAUGAUACAGCGGCCCUGGAGCAGAGAGGGUUAAGGGCCUUCCUCAAGGGCCCAACAGUGGCAGCUUGGCAGUGCUGGGGCUUGAACCCCCGACUUUCCGAUCAGUAACCCAGAGCCUUAACCACCAAGCCAUCACUGAAAUUAUUUUUGAUUAAUCCCAAAUAAUGAUCAGCUGUUUCUGUAGGAUUUUCUCGACAUCAUCCUGGUUUCAUCUGACUUCUGAAGCCAUGGUCUGCAAAGAGCUUACAAAGCAUGCACGGGGUCUCUCUGUUGAAAGGAAUGCCCUCACAAUUUGAUAGAUCUAGAAUAUUUUCACAAGAAAGAGUGGGAAAAAAUUGCCAAGUCAAGAUGUGCCACACUGGUAGACUCUUACCCAAAAAGACAGUGCUAUAAUAAAAUCAAAGGGUUCUUCAAAAAAGUAUUAGUAUAGGGGUGUGCACACUUAUGCAACAAGGUUAUUGUGUGUGUUUUUUUUUUUUAUUCCCCCCUC